AUUUUAAUGGCUACUUCUUUAAUCACUUCUCUCAGGGAGAUUAGGUACAGGUUACAAUUCGAACAUAUAACAUGUUCCAUUGUAGAUCAUGUAUCACUGUCCUGGUAGUCGUGGUGUCUGUGGUAGCCUUGGGGCUCCACCAAUCAGGGUCGAAGACUGGCUGGCUCGACCGCCUAGUGCUGUACCACAAGGAGAGGUUCAUCAACGAACUUAGGAAGGUGAAGUCCUACAGCGGUGGAUCAAGAAGUACCAGCGCACCCAUCGAGCCUACUCCAUUUAACGCAACUCUAUUACCCAAACCAGCUGGAUUCGUGGACUCAGGUGGUUGGGAUUAUGAGUCAGUGGUGAGACUUAUGAUUAUGUUGAAGAGUAGCGAAGCGGCCAAACCGACCCUCAAGUCCUUGAGACGCAUGCUCCAACCCACGCGACGGCUAAUGAUGUCUAUGAAGGAUAGCAUGCAAAAAUUCCCAGGAUUGAAAGCUGAAAGCAACGACAUUUACUAUGAGAUUGAGUAUACGAGCCAAGAGGAGGAGUCUGUGCCCGCACCAGAGGAGCUCCCUGAAGACCAAGUAGUUGUGGUGGUCUCCAACCCUGUCGAGGCUCGUUUACCAAGCACCCGUAUCAGCGUACAACUUCUUAGAGAAAUAUUGACAGCUCGUGCUCGCGCAGCCAGGGAGAUGCCGACCACGAAACCGCCCGUCAUACCAUGGAAACCUAUGAAAUCGACGACGGGUGCUCCAUCACAGGGAGGAGGAGAUGCAGGGAAUGGUACAACAGGAGCUGGUGCAGAAGGCGGGGACAGUACACCAGCUGGUGAUGGUGGAACACCAGGCGAAGGUGGGGCAACAGGCGAGACCACACCUGCGGGUGGUGGUGGUGGUGAUGCAGCUGAUCCUACUACACCCGAACCAGAAUAAAGGGAAUAAACUGUUACACAGCGAACGAACGUAGCGUUUGUAACAGGAUUCACAAAGAUUGAUUAACACACAAUAAAACAAUAUUUAUUUACAGUACCAGUACUUAAAAAUUGCUUACGUUUAACUUAACACCAGAUAUAGUAACAUAUAGCAGACAAAUAUAGUAAAUGAUCACCAAAUUGAAACCCGAAUUUUAAUGUAAAAUUUUAACCAAAGUUUUAAUACUUUGCUACUUAUCAUAUUUGAAGGCCAAUAGAAAACUGUUGAAGGCAAAUCCUCCGCUAACGUCGGUCACCGGUGACCACCACGGUGUUCAAAGUGCUAAAGCUAAAUGAUUCCAAAUAAAUCAUGAGUAACCCAUAAAUAUAAUUAUCCAAAAUUAAACCAGCAUUUUAAAGUAAAAUUAUAACCAGCGUUUUCACAUAAAUCUAAGCACAGAAAUAACACAUAAGGCCUCCUCCACAUUAGGCGCGCGCGCGCUGCGUGAGCGUCGCGUGUUGUCGCCGUGU